CCACUCUUUGUUUUCAACACUGAAACAGGAAGCGCAGCUUGGUGCCGUUUUUUACGUGUUAUCAUCGUCUUCUCCAAAAUGUCCCUCCGCUACCAGGACAAAGUUGUGAUAGUCACUGGAGGAUCUAAGGGGAUUGGCAGGGGGAUUGUCAAAGUGUUUGUGGAAAAUGGAGCCAAAGUUGUGUUUUGUGCAAGAGGAGCUCCAGCAGGUGAAGCUCUUGAGGCUGAGCUAAACGAAUCAGGGCGAGGCUCUUGCAAAUUUAUGUCAUGCGACGUCUCCAAAGAGGAAGACAUCAAGAGACUGGUGGCCGACACGGUGGAGAUUUACGGAUGCAUUGACUGCCUGGUGAACAACGCAGGGUGGCACCCUCCUCAUAAACCCACUGAUGUCACCACAGCAGAGGAGUUCAGAGAUCUGCUCAACCUGAACCUCAUCAGUUACUUCCUGACUGCCAAAUAUGCGUUGCCGUUCCUGCGACAGCGUCAGGGAAACAUCGUCAACGUGUCCAGUCUGGUGGGAACCAUCGGUCAGAAAGAUGCUGUGCCGUAUGUCGCCACCAAGGGGGCGAUCAUUUCCAUGACAAAGGCGAUGGCUGUGGAUGAGAGUCGCUUCAAGGUGCGAGUCAACUGCAUCUCACCAGGUAACAUUCUGACGCCUCUGUGGGAAGAUCUAGCAGCUCAGACACCAGAUGCUGCAGCAGCCAUUAAAGAAAGGGCGAACUCUCAGCUUCUAGGUCGUAUGGGGACAGAGGAGGAGAGUGGACUGGCUGCUCUGUAUCUCGCUGCAGACGCCACUUUCUGCACCGGGAUAGACCUGCUGCUCAGCGGCGGAGCUGAACUCAACUACGGCUUCAAGAGUCAGCUCCCUUCCUGAUGUCCAGCCUGGUCUCCACUGCCCGCAUGUGGCAGUAGAGCAGAUGGCUUAUCAGCUUGAUUUAAUUCAGAUUAUACAUCCAGAUGUGCUAACAAGUUACUAAAUGGGUAUUAAAUAAUACUGAUUUUCAUCCAACAAAUUAAAUUUCUGUUUUAAUAAUUCAGUCUUGCUGGGAUAAGACAGUUUAAGGAACAACUGUGAAACAAGACCUGAACCCCUCCCCACCGUUCGCCCAAUCAGCAUCAACCUCUCUGACCUCGAAUAACCCUCCCCUGUUUGAGCUUGUUGGUGUCCACCAAUCAGAUGUCACGCCUUUCGUCACACCUCCACAAUGACUUCCUGAUUGCACUGUUCAAUGAAACCAUUCACUGUAACCAAAAUAAUAUAUUAUUAAACUGAUUGUGUUGCUCUUCUUACACCGAA